GAGCGGAUCAUGCAGACGCGCAUCAGUGACUGAACCGCACAGACUGCGGAGGAGCUCCGCACGUUCACUGCGCACCUGGCGCUUCAUUUGCGCUCAGAGUGAAAAAGGAAAGAGGAAAAGAGAGAGUAGGAAUAUAAGGGAGGAAGAGGAGAAACUUGCCUGCGGAUAUAAUGCGGGAACCCUGGAGAAAUGAUCCUGAUGGAGAGGAGAACCUGACCGGGAUGUGAACCGAUCCACAGUCUCUAAUCAGCAGUGUUUUCCACUAUGACGCCACGUGAGAUCACCGUCUCAACUCACCUGCUCCUCCAUCACCUCCUCCCCUUCACCCUCUCUCUCCUCCAGCCUCCCCACCACCAACCCGUGCACGUGCCCACCCUGGUCCCGCACGCACCGACACCUCUGACCCGCUCGCGCUUCAGCGCCGAGGCCCAGCUGGACUUCACCACCCGCUGCAACGCCAGCUGCUUCCACCGAGCGGAGCAGGAGGAGCAAAUGACGGACAAACUGGCCUUCGAGACGCUGUACGCGGACGGUUUCCGCACCCUCACCACGGUGGAGGUGGAGGAUGAUGAUGAUGCUCUUCACCCGACUCACGCGCCCGAGUGGAGAUGGAGGAGACGAUUGAAGCGCAGGAUGAAGCGGCAGAUCUACGGAGCGGACGGGCGUUUUAACAUCCAGGGUGACGACUUCCUGAUGGAUUAUCCCUUCUCCACGGCGGUGCGCAUCUCCACCGGAUGCACGGGCGUCCUGGUGUCCCAGCAGCACGUCCUCACCGCGGCCCACUGCGUGCACGACGGGAAGGAUUACGUUCAUGGAGCCCAGAAGUUGAGGGUUGGCUUCCUGAUUCCUCCGUCCGUAAAUGGCACCAAAGCCGGGUUGAUUCCCAACAAGAAGCCGCUGGUCCGCUGGGUUCGGGUGAAGCGCACUCGGGUGCCGAAGGGCUGGAUCCAGGGCCCGCAGGAGGUCAGCAUGGACUUUGACUACGCCCUUUUGGAGCUGCGCUGGCCUCACCGGCGCCCCUUCAUGCGGCUCUCUGUAGCGCCCUCUUCGGACGACCUGGCAGGGAACCGCAUUCACUUCUCUGGGUUCGACAGCGACCGCCCGGGGGAGCUGGUGUACCGGUUCUGUCCGGUGGAGGAGGAGUCGAGCGAACUAAUCUACCAGCACUGCGACGCGCGGCCCGGGGCCAGCGGCUCCGGGGUGUACGGCCGGGUGUGGGACGACGCGUUGGAGCGCUGGGAGAGGAAGGUGAUCGGGAUUUUCUCUGGACACCAGUGGCUGGAGAUCGACGGAGAGAACCGGGAUUACAACGUGGCUGUCCGCAUCACGCCGCUGAAGUUCGCCCAGAUCUGUUACUGGGUGCACGGGAACCGGCUGGACUGCAGGCAGGACUGAAGCAACCGAGGCCGAAGUGAAUUAAAAAUAAUACAGGGUGACCUUUACUGUUAGCUACUGCAGAAAACAUCCAUAGGGUGAUGUUAACAAAGUUACAGUAAAAACUUAACAGCAAUAAAUUUGUUUUAUUUAGCCUGUUAUAAAACACAGAAAUGAUCUGAUAUUCGAAGUUGUAUACUUUCAUCAUGUCAUUAAAUCAUUUAUAAUUAAAUCAUUGAAGCUAAAUAUUUAGCUACAAACUAAAUAUUUAGGUAGCAUGCUAAAUAUGUAGCUAGCAAGCUACACAUUUAGCUUCAAACUAAAUAUUUAACUUGUGAGCUUUCUCAUAUAAGACUUAAAAUUAAAUAUUUGUCUUGCUAACUAAAUAUUUUGAAGCUAAACAUUUAGCCUUCUAACUAAAUAUUUAGCUUGCUAGCUAAACAUAUUUAGAUUGCCAACUCAAUAAUUGAUUUAAAACUAAAUAUUUGGCUUGCUAACUAAACAUGUAGUUAAGUCAAACACUCAGCUUCAAGCUAUGCACAUAGUUUGGAGCUAAAUAUUUAGUUAAAUAACUAAAUAUAUAGCUUGCCAACUAAAGAUUUGACUUCAAACUAAAUAGCUUGCUAACUAAAUGCUUAAUUUGAUGCAAACUAUUUUGUGCGCUAACUAAAUAUUUAGUUUCAAACCAAGUAUUUGAAUGAAGAUACUUUACUAAUCUCAGAGGGAAAUUGGCAAUUUAGUUUGUAAGUUUGCUGGCUAAAUACUUAGUGCUGAACUAAGUAUUUAGCUUCAAGCUAAGUAUUUAGCUAGUAAGCUAAAUAUUCAGUGUGCUAAUAUUUAGUUUGAAACUGACAUUUAUAAAUGAAUGGUUAACAUGGUGAAAACAUGAACCCUCAUUUUCUUUCUCUUAGAUUAAAUAACCCAGAUUAUUGCUGUUAAUUUUUGACAGUGUAACUUUACAAACGCACCUUAUAAACAUCUGAGUGCAACAGAAAUAUUUCCAUAGAGGUCUGUGUUUACAUCAGGGAAAAAUCUACAUUUGGCUCCAUGUUCCCUCUCCUGUGUUUAAUUGGUAACCUCUGCGCCCGUUAAAUAAAUCUGCCAGUGAGAUCACAGCUCUGAUUUUUGCCCGCGGUCAGAUUCAUGUCAAUGUUUCCACAAUAAUAGCUGAACCUCCUCAAUAAGGAAAAAACACUUUCUCCUGGUGCAGCAGCACCGCGUGUCGAUUACUGUAAUCUACCGAGGAUAAAUUAUAAUCCCCCUUCCUCUUUCAUCUGCAUCCCGCUUUGGUGAUUUUGGCAAUUUUCCAUUUAUAACACAGCUCCUUCUCCGCCCUCCUGCACGCAUCUGAAAAGUAAAUAAACAAUAAAACUGCUUCCUAUCAUUUCGGCGGACACUUUAGACUUCUCAUAGUUGACUGAGGACAGAAUGUUAAUUUUAUUUUUUCACGAAUGCUUGAGAUAUUUUAAUAAACAGAGUUUUAAUUGUU